AUGUCUAAAUACAACUUCAUUUUUUCAGCUAGGGUUUCAUUCCCCAAUCCUAUAGUUACUGGCGCCCCCACGCCCCAGCCAUUCUUCUGCCAUCUCCGCCGCGCCCAGGUCUGCCGCCUGAGGCCCCUGCCGAGCCCCACCCAUUCUGCCAUCUCCGCCGCGCCGAGUCCCUCCUCGAUCCGCGCACUGCGCCCAGGUCGCCGCCUUGAGGCCCCUCCAAGAUCCGCGCCCAGGUCCGCCGCCCUGAGGCCCCUCCAAGAUCCGCGCCCCUCCCCGAUCGGCGCCCAGGUCCGCCGCCUUGAGGCCCCUCCAAGAUCCGCGCCCAGGAUGACACUCAAGACAUCAAAGAAUAUACAAUGUCUUGAUGAGAGUUUUGUGAAGAAAACAUUGGAUGAGAUUUGCAAGGAGCUUCAAGAUCAAAUGUCAUGUUUUAUAAAUAUUGUGUAAUUUUGAUACAUUUUGUGGAUUUAUUUUGUGAUUUUGCAUUGUGGAUUGAAAUUUUUGGAAUGACAACAUAACAUAUUUUAUUUA